AUGGGAAGGCCGAGCCAGACGAGCAGCGAAGAUUGCAUCGAUCUGCAGGUGCCGGGCGAGAGGCAAAACAGUGGCCCCAGUCAGAGCAGCAGCCACGGCACUGCGUCAAGUCCCGGGCACAGCAUAGAAUCCGAGGCCUCUGAUACAGACCUGCACAUGGAAGCAAUGAUACCAACUCUGGUAGAUCGCGUUGCCAAGAUGGAGGUGGUAAACCCAGAGGUCUUGAGGGUGACGCCGGUGUUUCGCGCUACGGAGCAUUUCGCAAUAGCAUUGCGUGUCGAGUCUGCCGGAGACUUUUUCCACAAGAGUCACAGGAGUCAAAAAAUAUCGACAUUUUGGAGUCACUCUUGGCACGCAGGGCAUUGGAAGAAGAUCUUGGCAAUUAUAACGCUCUACAACGGCACUGCUGCAGUGUUGUUGUCUUUGCUGACCGGGGCGUGGAUGAUGGUGCUUUUUAGUCUGGGAAUCCUGCCUGGAAUUGAUCGUGGAUGGUGGACUGACAGCUUUCAGUGGUCUUGUUGGUCAACUUUUACAGGUUUCGUCGUCGCAAGUCUUGUCAUUGUUUUCUGGCGGCCACGGACCGGAGUUUUCCUUGACCGCAUUUGCAUCAGCCAAAAAGACGCCCGCUUGAAGACGGAGGCCAUACUAAGCUUGGCUGGGCUUUUGAAACAUUCUGACAGAAUGCUCAUUCUGUGGGAUCCGACAUGGACUGAGAGGUUGUGGUGCUUGUUCGAGCUUGCCGCCUUCCUGAAAAGCAAGACGACACAACAGCAGCACCUUACCGUCAGGCCCAUUUUCAUGGGACCGCUUUCCAUCGCAACAUUUCUUACUUUUGCCGCUGUUGCAAUGCCAAUCGCAACAGUACCUGUCGACGACGAAAGAACGAUCGUCCAGCUGCUUUCGGCCAUUGUCUUCUGCGCGAUUGUGGUUGCAGUCCCAACUGUCAGCACCGUCCGAAGCUACUUUCGAGACUUGGACACCAUGAAGCUGCAGUUGUUGUCGAUCUCCGUUGAUUCUACAAGGAGUUCAUGCUGUGAUUUAAAUCAUGUGAGCCCUUCGGGUGAACGCAUGCUUUGCGACCGUAAGAUCGUGAAAGAGUGUGUGAAGAUUUGGUUUGGCAGCGAGCUAACUUUCGAGGACACGGUGCGCACAGAGGUCUUAGACAUUUUGAACCGUGAUCUCACCCAGAAGGUAUUCAGUACUCCAUGGGCUUGGGGGGUGACUUCUCCUAUCAUUCUGGCUUUCAUGGACGUCUCUGCCAGCUGGACUCAAGCCGACUUUCCUUGGAAGCUGUGGGAGCACCCUGCUGUUGCCCUUCUACUCGAAGGAUUGAUGACUUGGUUCCUCUUCGUCCCAGCCAACAAGGAUCUCUUGAUACUUUUGGUCAGGCUUGGGCGGCGGAGGCCAAGGAAUCCUUGUCUUGAGCUCCUGAAGAACCUACUGGUGCUGGCUGCAGCAGCCAUUCCUCCCCUUGCAUUGGUCGUAGCUUAUGGCUUCACUCGAUUCACAGAUCAGGUUGUUUUCGACACUGAGAAUGCCAUGCUUCGCGCGGUGGGUUUUGCAUGCUGCACACUGCUUAUAGCACUGUGCAACUUCCUCCUAGGACUUGGCCUGAAGGCUCUAUUACGCCGGCCGGGUUGGUAA